AUGGCAAGUAUUAAUUGUGACGAAAAUAUUAAGAAUAAUAUAAAAGAAGAUUUAAACAAUGUCAUAUUAGAAGAAAAAAAUGAAACAAUGAUUGAUAAAGAAACAAAUGAAGAUAAUAAUAUUUCAGCUAUUUUAGGAGUCCGUUUUGAGGUACUUCAAAAUGAUUAUGAAAAUUUAAAAAAAGAACAUGAAAAUAAAUUAAAAGAAUUGGAAAUUGCACAAAUUAAGAUUAGAGAUAUGGAAAUAAUUAACUCAAAACUUGAAAAAGACUAUAAAAAAUUAAAUGAGUCUAUGGCAAUAAAAGAAAAAGAUUUCCAAAAUUCCAUUCAACAAUUAACAAAUAAAAUGGAAGCAAGUAUAAAUAAUUUAAAUUUAAAGUUAAAAAAUGCUGACAAUGAAAAAAAUUCGGCUGUUAUUAGAUAUGCAACAAAAGAAACUGAAAUUAUGAAAUUAAAUAAAGAAAAUGGAAAAGUAAAAGAAGAAUUACAAUUAUUAAAAAAAGAAUUUGAAGAAUUAAAAGAAAAUACAAGUCAAGAAGCAAUUGAAAAAUUAAAAAAAAAUAUUGAAAUAUUACAGGAUGAAGUAUUAAAAGAAAAGAAAGAGAAAGAAAAAAUUUCAAAUGAAUAUGGAAUGGCUGAAAAAAGAAUUUCUGCUAGUCAUACGACAAUUAAAGAUAUGAAAGAAAAAAUGAAUAGUAUGGUUGUUGAAAAUAAUAAUAUUUCUACUGAUAGAGAUAAAGCUUUAGAAGAAGCAAAAAAUUAUAAAUCGCAAAUUCAAAUUUUACAAAUAAAAGCAAAAGAAACAGAAUACCAAUAUAAUGAAAAAAUUAAAAGUAGAGAUCAUUUAUAUAGAGAAUGUAUGGAUGAAAUGAGUAGAUUAAGAAAUGAAAAUAAUUCAUUAAUUAAAAAAUUAGCUAGUUUUGAUGAUGAAAAUGACAAAUUAGAAAUAGAAAAAAAAAAUAUUCAAAAUCAAAUAAAUAGUGCAAAUGAAGAAAAUAAAAAAAUAAAGGAAGAAUUAAAUGAAUUAAGAAUUAUAAAAGAGUUAGUAGAUCAAUAUAAGUAUGAUAAGGACAAUGCAAUUGAAUUAAAAAAAAUUGCUGAAACUGAAAAGGAUGAAUAUGAGAAAGAUAAUAUUACGUUAAGAUCACAAGUUGAAGAUUUACUUAGUAGUAAUCAAAAAUUACAAGAAAAAUCUAUCGAAUGGGUAUCUGAGAUAGAAAAUUAUCAAAUAAAAAUAAAAAAAUUUGAAAAAGAAAUUAGUGAGAAAGAAAAUAUUUUUCAAAAUUUAACAAAUGAAAUAGAAUUAUUAAAAAAAGAAAAAGAAAAUAAAGUUUUAGUUGAUUCAAAUAAAAUAAAUGAUUUAUUAUGUGUAGAGAAAAAGUUAAGUAAUAAGAUAAAGGAUAUGGAAAAACGGGUACAAGAAUUAGAGAAUGAAAAAAUGGUUAUAAAAAAGAAAAGUGAAGCAAAUCAAAAAGAUCUACGUUUAGAAGUAAAAAGAUUAAGAAAACAAAUAGAAUCAAAUUCUGAUAAAUGUUCAUUACAAAAUUUUCAAUUAUCAUUACAUUUAAAUGAGAGAAAAUGUCCUACCGAUCCAUCAUUUACAUACACAAAUUCAGAUAGUAAUAAUAUUUCUUCAAAUAUUAGUAGAACAUCAUCUUUAAAUUCAUUUGAGACCGCUGCCGGUUAUAGGUCUGAUUCAGCAUCUAAUACCCAAACGUCAUCACCAAAUAAGGAUGACAAAAUUGAUAUAGAAAAUGAUAAAACUAUACCAAAAGAAUGUUAUAGUAAUAUAAAUAUGAAUGAUUCUAAUGUUCAACAAAUUGUAAUUGAUAAAAUUGUUAAAUUACAAAAAAAAUUAGUAAAAAAAACAGAGAAAAUAGAAUUUUUAGAAGAACAUGUUAAACAAUGUCUUGAAGAAUUAAAGAAAAAAACAAAAAUUAUUCAAAAUUAUGCUCUUAGAGAGGAAGCAGCUAUGUUAAAACCAAUGAAUGAAUCAUUAGAAGAGAUUUUAAAAUUAUGUCCUACCGUUCAGGUUGCUAUAAGAAUAAAAGAGUCAUCAAUUCCAUUAUUUGGAACCUGGUUUAAUGGUAAAAAUAAAGAAAAGUCAAAUUUAGUUAUAUCAACAGAAAUUAAUUCAAGAUUACAAUCAUUAAUUGAGGAUUUACUGUUAAAAAAUAUGGAAUACAAAGAAGUUAUUGAUAAGUUAGAAGGAAAAAUAGCAUUAAUAGAAAGAGAAAAACGUCAAUUAGAAGCAGCAGCAACAAUAUAA